GUUAUGGCAAUGUGUUGCUUUGUUUCUUGCGUCACCAUUCCUCUGGUCUCAGUGCGAUACACAGAUAUGGAAAACACGCCCCAACAUCGUACUACUGCUAGCCGAUGACUUUGGCUGGGGAGAUGUGGGGGCCAACUGUAUGGAAACAAAAGAAACGCCACAUAUCGACAGCCUUGCGCGCAAUGGACUAAGGUUGACCGACUUUCACGUGGGAGCGUCGGUAUGCACACCAUCAAGAGCAGCGCUGCUGACAGGUCGACUAGGCUUACGUACUGGAGUUGUGAGAAACUUUGAUGUCAAGGCGGAGUUUGGUCUGCCUCGUAAUGAGACUACCAUAGCCGAAAUGCUCAAAGCCGUCAAUUACUCAACAGGUAUGAUUGGGAAAUGGCAUUUGGGAACUAACGGGCGAUGCCUCCCUACAUACAGAGGGUUUGAUUUCUACUAUGGUCUCCCUUACAGCAAUGAUAUGGGCUGUACUGACAAUCCAGGCUAUGACUGGCCCAUGUGCAGCCGUUGUCCUACUGCUACGGGGUUCUUGUCAAGAGAUGAAGGUUUGCCUAUUGGUGACUGUGACACUGGUUCGAAUGAUUCUGUUCCAUUGUAUAAAGACACAAGAAUAAUUCAACAACCAGUUGAUUUGGCUACACUGACUAACCAAUAUGUGAAAUUGGCUGUGGAAUUUAUAAACAAUCAAAGCAGCAGGCCCUUCUUUCUAUAUGUUGCCUUUGCUCACACUCAUGUCCCAUUGAGUCAUGAUAUUAAAUAUACCAAUGCUUCGGAACGGAAGACUGUCUUUGCCGAUACAUUGCUGGAACUCGAUGCAUCUGUUGGUGCCAUUGUACAGGCUGUGAAGGACAAUGGGCAGGAAGGCAACACUUUGAUCUGGUUUACAAGCGAUAAUGGACCGUGGGAAUCAAAAUGUCAGUACCAUGGACUUGUCGGCCCAUAUAAAGGUCUCUGGGAAAAGAAGACAACUGGUGGUAGUAGUGCAAAGCAGACAACAUGGGAAGGGGGACACAGAGUACCUGGUAUCGUUUAUUGGCCUGGUGUGAUUGCACCACGAGUUUCUAAUGCUCUUGCUAGCACUCUUGAUGUUCUUCCAACAAUCGCAAAUAUCUUGAAGGUGCCAUUGCCUAAAAAUCGACUCUUUGAUGGAAUAGACAUUUCUCAUGUUCUAUUUAAUGGAUCUGACAGUGGACACUCGAUCCUGUUUCAUCCCAACGAUGCUUCUGGCAUAGCAGGAGCUAUUGAUACCAUACGAUUUGGGGAUUACAAAGUUAUGUACCAAACAGGUGGUUCAGCUGCUUGUAACAGUAUUGCACCACCACCUGUGAGGCACGAUCCACCCCUCAUGUUCAACUUGAGGGACGACCCAGGAGAAAGUAAGCCAUUGAAUGUGUCUAUCGAACCACAAGUGAAAAUCCUCCAGCAAGUUUUACACCAUUUGCACUAUUUGCAUGAGAGUAUUAAGAAUGACAACAUUUCAGUUACAAGCUACAGCCAAGACGACAGAUUUCGUCCUUGUUGCAACAUACACCAUGUUGUUUGUCGUUGUGAAAACUAACUGUACAUUAUCACAUUUCAUCAGUCUACAACAAGUCAAGCACUGAAACUUCAGAGCAGAAUCAGAUUUGACUACCGGUCUUCAACACUAAGUGCAUGAUAAAUAAUAAUUUUAUGUAACAGGUACCGCACAUCUAAAUAUUUUAGUUAAUUAAUGGGAGCUAAAAUCGAAGUGACACACACUCUUACAUAAUACAACUAUCAAGUUGUACUGCCAACAUUGCUCAAUGGUCUCACUUUAACGGCAUCAUGCUCAUAAUUACAGUUCUGUUGACAUCAACAACAUUCUGUUCAGAUGAGGCUGUAAAUAUAUUUCGUACUCAAACAGUGGUCU